CCGAGAUCGACGAUUGGACGACUGAUGGACCGAUGGCGGCAAAUGCAGGUUCACCAACCAAAUAAUUUCGUUUUCUGUAAUCCUACUGACAAAACACGCGCGAUUUGUUAUGAUUUCCGCGUGGAUAGAUGAGUAGUAGAGUUGCCAAGAAUUUAAUCACGGAAGAAUUUUCUUCCACGGUAUCUUACAUAAUGUUAAGGUAUGGUACUAACUAACCCAGCAAAUGUAAUGUAAUAAUGAACGGUCCAACAUCAUCCCAAGUUUUGGGCUUGUAUAGAAAUUUAAUGCGGUAUGGAAAACAGCUUCAAUUUACUGACAAAUCUUAUUUUUUGAAUCGAAUUCGUAAAGAAUUCAAGAAGAAAAAGAACCUUACUGAAUUAGAAGACAUAAAGUUUCAAUAUGAGAGGUGUGGCCUUGCUGAAGAACAGAAGAGUUAUGUAGCACAGUCUCUCUACUAUGGCAUUGUUUUUGCCAAUAACCCCAACCCUAGGAAAACACCUGCUUCAAAAAUGUUAUCCACUAAUUUUGUCUAUUGAGAAACAUACUAUUGACCGUUCUUGUGUGCCGGUACUUGAUGAAAAGGAUCUGGAUGAAAGGUAUUGUAGUGAAGUGUCAUAAUUCUCGACUACAGUCUGAAAACAGACAAGAAGCUCGAAAAAUGCUUGUAGAGAAAUUAGAUACUAUGUUAAAUGGUGAAAAUAGUAUUCAAGCUCAAAAACUUAGAAUUGAAGAAAAAAAAUCAAAGGAAAAAAAUCGUCGUCAAAGACGACGUGCAGAAAUGAAACAAGCCUGGAAAGAACAAAGUGUAGAAUAAAUCAGUUGCUUAUUAGAAGGAAAAAUAUUUCAUGAAUUCUAACAGUGUGCUUGAUAUGAUAUCUUAUACAUUUGUGCUGUAGUGUUUGUGUAAAUAAUUAAUAUUUUGAGGUCAAAUAUAUUAUUUAUUAUAUUCUGUGUUAAAAGUUAUUUUUUAUAGUGUUAACUAAUAUAACAGUUGUCGAAAGUUCAUGUUAGGUUUUAUUUCAUCUCAAAGAAAAUCUUGAAAGUUAAAAAUAAAAAACAAAAGUCCAAAUGGCCUCUCUACUUUUUAAUAACUCUUUUUAAUUAUUGUCAUAGAACAAAAUUAUAUGAAGGUAUUCUUCAGAACUCUUCCAAAUUAAAAAAAUGUUCAACCAUUAUUUCACAAAACAAAUUUAAUUUUUCCCAUUACUUUCAAAAUAUUCUCAGGUAUAAUAAACUGAA